AUGGCCGUCGCGGCAGUUCUAUCUUUCCUGCAACACAGCAUCAUUAAAUCCCCGCUGCAGUCACUGGCUGCAGCCGCCGUCAUUGUCCCAGUCCUCUAUAUUAUCAUCAAUGAAUUCGUUCGAGCGGAAGCUCGAGUGUCGGGUCUCAAGGGUCCUCGGGGUCUUCCUCUAAUCGGAAACCUUGCACAAAUCCGCAAAAAUGCAGCAGAACAGUAUCGCAUAUGGUCCAGGAUAUAUGGACCCGUGUACCAGAUCCAGCUGGGAAAUAUCCCGGUUGUUGUCGUGAACUCGGCCGCGGCAGCAAAGGUCAUUUUUGGAAAGAACGCCCAGGCUCUGAGUUCAAGGCCUGAAUUCUAUACUUUCCACAGAAUUGUGUCUAAUACCGCCGGUACAACAAUCGGGACUUCUCCAUACAGUGAGUCACUGAAGAGGCGCAGAAAAGGCGCAGCAUCAGCUCUCAACCGUCCGUCCGUGGAGUCCUACCUCUCGCACCUAGAUGUUGAGUCUAGAUCUUUCGUGAACGAACUCUACAAGUAUGGGGACGGCGGAGAAACACCAGUGGACCCCAUGCCGAUGGUUCAGCGUCUAAGCUUGAGUUUGUCAUUAACUCUGAACUGGGGAGUACGUGUGGCAUCACAGGAAGAAAGCCUAUUCUCCGAAAUCACCCAUGUUGAGGAAGAGAUCAGCAAAUUUAGGAGCACCACUGGCAACCUCCAGGAUUAUAUUCCUCUAUUACGACUUAAUCCGUUUAACGGCAGCUCGAAGAUGGCCAAAGAGAUGAGGGACCGACGUGAUAAGUAUCUCACUGCUCUCAACCGAGACUUGGACGAUCGCAUGAAGAAAGGCAUCCACCAACCCUGUAUUCAGGCGAAUGUCAUUCUCGACAGAGAAGCGAAACUGAGCUCCGAAGAGCUUGUCUCAAUCAGUUUAACCAUGCUUUCUGGAGGGCUCGACACCAUCACGACGCUCGUGGCCUGGAGUAUUGGUCUCCUUUCUCAGCGGCCCGAUAUUCAAAACAAGGCUGUAAAGGCAAUACGAGAAAUGUAUGAUCAAGAUCAGCCAUUGUGUGACCCCACAGAUGAUCAGAAAUGUGUGUAUGUCGCAGCUUUGGUGAGAGAAUGUCUGAGGUAUUUCACGGUGCUUCGUCUUGCGCUCCCCCGGACUUCGAUCAGAGAUAUCACGUAUAAUGGCACAAUGAUCCCGGAAGGCACGGUGUUCUUCCUAAAUUCAUGGGCCUGCAACAUGGACCCUGAAGUCUGGAGUGACCCGGAGGAGUUCCGACCAGAACGAUGGAUCGAACAACCAGAUGCUCCUAUAUUUACCUACGGGAUGGGUUAUCGCAUGUGCGCUGGCUCACUCCUCGCGAACCGUGAACUAUAUCUUGUCUUAAUGCGCACCCUCAACAGUUUCCGCAUUGAGCCACUCGGUAAGGCCGAUUGGCAUCCCGUUCGGGGCAAUUCGGAUCCCACGAGUCUGGUGGCAAUUCCUCAGAAAUAUAAGGUUCGAUUCAUUCCUAGGGGCGGAAAGGCACUUAUAGAUGCACUGGGAUAG